GUCUAGCCUCACUGUAUGCCGCUACCUUCGCAGCUAUGUGAUUCAGAUACGGCUGUGACUCAGAAUGGGCCUGGAAAAAGUCUCUCUGGGGUUCCUGAGGCACUAACCCUCCCUAUCUACUGCCGAUACUUUCACCCAGUUUUAACUCCACAACCUCCGCACAUGAUUGAUCGAUUCGCCCCUCUCAGUUAAUUCCUUCUAGAAAUACAGCAACAGCUCACACUCCUCCAUCGCCGCUCUAGACACGUCUGUCCCCAUGGCAGAUAUCGAUCUCGGGGACGAGCGCGCCGAAGAGCUCAGCACCCUCCAGUCGAUCUAUCCGGAGCUCACGCUCCAUGCUAGCGACCCGUUCACCGCACAUAUCGACCUUCUCGUUGCUCCGAUCAGCACGCUGCCCGUGAUCUUCGAGCCCGACAGGGACGUACGACGUCUCGCAUAUCUGCCUCCUCUACAUGUCGAGAUCACCCUGCCCGCAGAGUACCCCGCCGCAGCCCCGCCGGCUGUCAAGCUGUCAACAACUCGCUCAUGGCUACCCACAGCUACACUAGAGGCACUCUCGAAGGAGGCGCGUUCCUUGUGGGCCGAAUAUGGAGGCGGGCCCGUACUCUACGCAUACGUCAGCUACCUACAAGAGGCGGCAGAGACGGCCUUUGGACUAUCGGAGCUCACGCUCGCGUCUGGGAUGAAAGCAGAUCUUCUGGCAUACAGCAAGCAAAUGAAACGCGAACUAUUUGACAAGGAGACUUUCGAUUGUGGCGUGUGCCUCGAGCCAAAGAAAGGAUCUGCAUGCUACCGCAUGGAGCGCUGCAACCACGUCUUCUGCGUGGCCUGUCUUCAGGACUACUACGCCAACUGCAUACAAGAAGGCGAUGUCGACAACGUCAAGUGUAUGUCGACAGAGUGCGGAACGAAAAAGGCCAAUCGGAAGAAAGACCGACUAUCGCCUAAGGAGCUAUUACAGAUACCAUUGGCUUUGGAGACGGUUCAGCGCUACGCAAAGAUAAAGCGGAAGAAGAAGAUUGAGGCGGACCCUACAAUAAUCUUUUGCCCCCGCUCCUGGUGCCAGGGAGCCAUGCGGACGAAGAAAUAUCCCAAGAUAACCGACGUGCGCGAAAUGGGCGAGUCAGAAUCCGAAGCGGAAGACCCUGUGGCACCCGAGGAGCGAAAAGAAGCCACUGCUGGACCCGAGAAGCGAAGAGUUGGAACCACAGGCAUGGAUCGCCUAGCCGUCUGCGAAGACUGCAACCUCGCCUUCUGCACAGUUUGUUUGGCGUCGUGGCACGGCGACUUCGUCCGAUGCGAACCACGCGACUCAUCCCAGUUGACAGAAGACGACCAGGCCUCUCUCAACUUUAUCAUGCGGAACACCUCGCCCUGUCCCACCUGCGAAGUACCUUGUCAGAAAUCGUACGGUUGCAACCACAUGACGUGCUUCCAGUGCAAGACGCAUUUCUGCUACCUUUGUAGUGCAUGGCUCAACCCCGAUCAACCUUACCAGCACUUCAACAAUAAGAGGAAUAAGGGUUGUUACCAGCGCUUGAUGGAUAUGGCUGAAGGGGAUGUGGCUCAAGCCGACGUCCGGUUUGGAGGUCGGCGUGGAGCCGAACAGGUUGCCGAGUUCUGGGAGCAGGAGGCGAUGAGGAUACAGAUGGAGCUGAAUGAGGAAGACAUCAGGACGGGCAGAUAACACCGAUGUGCCGGCUUGGUAUUACUAGGAAAUCGAUCAAAACAGUCUAAAUUUCGCAACCCAGCUCUCCCGCAAAUGCGUAGCUUCUCGGUCCGCUUACACAAUAUCACAUAUCGAAAGCCUCCGCCAAAAGACGCCGUUCUGGUCCAAGGGGUCGCGGUGCUCCAUUCGCAGCCCAUUCAAAUCCCGCCAUUGCAGAAGUGGCGGAUAACACAUCCCCCGAUGACCUUUUUGAGCCGUUAGUGCCAGCAUCGCGCCAUGCCUAGCAGCUGUACCUCC